UAGGGGGGCACCCGGCGGUCCCUGUCGCUUCGGGAACGGCGGGUGGGGUAGGCCUGGCAGCAGCGGGGAAUGCAGAAAGGGUGACUGGCUGAGGGUCGUGAUGGGAGAAGCGGCUGUGGCCGCGGGGCCUUGCCCCCUGCGCGAGGACAGCUUCACGCGCUUCUCGUCGCAGAGCAAUGUGUACGGGCUGGCAGGCGGCGCGAGCGGGCGCGGGGAGCUGCUGGCUGCCACCCUUAAAGGCAAGGUGCUUGGCUUCCGCUACCAAGACCUCCGACAGAAAAUCCGGCCCGUGGCCAAGGAGCUACAGUUCAACUAUAUCCCCGUGGACGCAGAGAUUGUCUCCAUCGACACCUUCAACAAGUCUCCCCCAAAGCGGGGCCUGGUUGUGGGGAUCACAUUCAUCAAGGAUUCAGGGGACAAGGGCAGCCCCUUCCUUAACAUUUACUGUGACUACGAGCCUGGCUCUGAGUACAACCUUGACUCCAUUGCCCAGAGCUGCCUGAACCUGGAGCUCCAGUUCACCCCUUUCCAGCUGUGCCACGCAGAGGUCCAGGUUGCGGACCAGCUGGAGACUGUGUUUCUCUUGAGUGGGAACAACCCAGCCAUUCAUCUCUACAAGGAGAAUGAGGGGCUGCACCAGUUUGAGGAGCAGCCAGUGGAAAACCUCUUCCCAGAGCUCACGAAUCUGACCAGUAGCGUCCUCUGGCUUGAUGUCCACAACCUGCCCGGCACAUCCCGACGGCUCACAGCUCUUGGUUGUCAGAGUGGUUACGUCCGCGUUGCCCACGUGGACCAGCGGAGUCGAGAGAUUUUGCAGACGUGGACCAUCCAGCAGGACGGCCCCAUCUCCCGCGUGAUUGUGUUCAGCCUCUCGGCCCCUGAGGAGACCAAGGAGAGGCCACAACAGGAAGAGUACAGUGUGCUUGUGGCCAGCAUGUUGGAGCCAGCUGUGGUAUAUCGGGACCUGCUGCAUCAGGGUCUUGAGGACCAGCUUAUCCUCCCAGGCAGUGACCAGUUUGACAGCAUCCUCUGUGGCCUGGUCACCGACAUGGAUUUGGAUGGGCGGCUGGAAGUCCUGGUAGCCACCUAUGGACAGGAGCUGCUCUGUUACAAGUACUGGGGCCCGGAGUCCGGGCUCCCCAAGGCCGAGAGUGGAUUCCGCUUGUUGUGGCAACGGAGUUUCUCCAGCCCACUGCUGGCCAUGGCACAUGUGGACCUGACUGGAGACGGGCUUCAGGAGCUGGCUGUGGUCUCCCUGAAGGGCGUGCACAUCCUGCAGCACAGCCUGAUCCAGGCCUCACAGCUGGUCCUGACCCGGCUUCGCCACCAAGUGGAGCAGAGGAGACGUCAGCAGCAACAGGGACUGGGGGGCAGGGUGGGUCCAGGAGCUGCUGAGACCCCGGCCUCUUGA